AUGAAGUCCUCCGAUAUCGAUCAGGAUUUAUUUACAGACAGUUACUGCAAGGUGUGCAGUGCACAGCUGAUAUCCGAAUCUCAGCGUGUGGCUCAUUACGAGAGUCGAAAACAUGCAAGCAAAGUCCGACUGUAUUACAUGCUUCACCCCAGGGAUGGUGGGUGUCCUGCCAAGAGGCUCCGGUCAGAAAAUGGAAGUGACGCUGAUAUGGUGGAUAAGAAUAAGUGCUGUACACUCUGUAACAUGUCCUUUACCUCGGCAGUGGUGGCUGACUCACAUUAUCAAGGCAAAAUCCAUGCCAAAAGGUUAAAACUGUUGCUAGGAGAGAAAACCCCACUAAAGACCACAGCAACACCCCUGAACUCACUUAAGCCUCCAAGGGUGGACACUGCUCCAGUGGUUGCAUCUCCCUAUCAAAGAAGAGAUUCAGACAGAUACUGUGGGCUCUGUGCAGCCUGGUUUAACAAUCCUCUCAUGGCCCAGCAACAUUAUGAUGGCAAGAAACACAAAAAGAAUGCAGCAAGAGUUGCUUUAUUAGAACAACUUGGUACAACUCUGGAUAUGGGGGAACUAAGAGGUCUGAGGCGCAAUUACAGAUGUACCAUCUGCAGUGUCUCUCUAAACUCCAUAGAACAGUAUCAUGCCCACCUGAAAGGAUCUAAACACCAGACCAACCUGAAGAAUAAGUAGUGAAAACAUCAAUCAAGAGAUGAGAAAAAAAAUGUCAGGAUUUCUCUCCGUGGAGAAUUGCUUAUCAACCACCAGAGGAGGAUUCUUCUUUGAACAAUGAACAUUUCUUAUGAGGAUUCACAGAUUAACAUAUGACUAAUCUUAGUUUUGGAGAGUGAAUGAGCUUUCUUUCUUUCUUUUAAUUUUGUGGUAAGUUAUGAUAUUUGGAUGGAUUUUUUUAAUUCUUUCCUGAUGAUCUAUUUAGCACAUAUUCUAAAUUAUAAUCCUACAGCAAACAGUGAGAACAUCAUUCAGACUUAAAGACAGUGGGAAGAUCUAAAUUUUCAAUUUAUCCUAGAUUUCUUCAACAUAUAAUUAUUCCAUUAAAUCCUUGAUGAUUGAGAUGUAAAGCACCUUUAUCAAGAAAUACACAUUAUUUUUUCAUCAUGCUGAACACGAUUGGUGGCAACAUGCACGGAACCAGAACGAGUCACUACCAGUAGAAGAUAUAUAAUGGAUACAAAUACUACUCCUUCAUUUCAUCUUCAGAAUUGUGAGCGAGUUUGCCAUCUGAAUGACAAGAAUAAAGAGGGUGAAUAAAGGAAGAAGCCCAUCCUUUUUUUCUGAUCACUCAAAGAACAGUUUCUCAAGGUUAAGCCAAGUCCUCUUUGCAAGCUGCCAAAAUAAUAGCUUAGGAAAAGAAUUAGUUUGCCUGCAUGAUGAUCCUCUUAGGCAAAAAUGUCUUCACAGUAGUUGACCUUGAUGAAAUGUUUUCCCAAAGGCAUCCAAGAGAAGAAUUGUAAACCCCCGAAUGAGAGGGAAAUAAAAGAAUAUUUCUUAUGAAUUUGGCCUGAACUGUGGGCUUUGAUGUGGGGUGCUGAGGAUUUGAGAAGAACUGAGUAAGUUCUGAAGAAAUGACAGCCUUGGGUAUGGAGAGUCCCCUCUAUUCCCCUGUUCCUCACUGAAGUCCUUUUGCUGAGCCAAGUUUCAGUCACUUUGGAAAGAACACCACUGGCCAGUAUGACAGACUGGAAAACUGUUCCUCUCUGAUGGGGAAUGCCUCUGAGUGUAAAGCUUUCUCUGGGUUCAAGUCUUCGCGGUGAUUGGAUCUGGUGUGUGCAGAGCCAGACAUUUACCUCCUCUUCACACUGUUUCUCAGUGCUCUGCCUGCUGUUGCCCUUUGUACAUUGUGACCACAGGCAAUUGAUCUCCUGGUGUCCGGAUUUUCUGGACGUCCCUUGUUUUUCCACAGAGAGCUGAGGUGGUUACAACUCAGUGAGCAAUAAAUGAAAUGACUUAGAAAUGCACAGUGUUGUUAUGAAGGUGUUUGGAAUUUGGCACCACUCUCUUGAGGGGGCCCACUCAGGAGGGACCAGGGCUGCUAGCUUCUGCGCCGACAGAGAGAUGUGGCUGCACCAGCCACGUUCUGUCCCGUGGGAAGGAAGGGGGGUUUGAUGGCAAGCAAUCUGUCUUGCUGUUUUGGAAAGCACACAACAGAGCUACAAACCUGCAACGAUGACUUUUCUUCCAAUGUGUGAAAUAAUGCUUUAUUUGUCAAUUCCGCUGUAAAAUAAGCACUGUCCAAGUAUAAAAACAAAUGAAAAAAACCCAAAAAACAAAAACAAACACAAACACAAAAAAACUUUGUUUCUGUUUGUGUUUAGUGAGUGAGCUCAUACUCUCAAGUGUUUUGUUUUGUUUCGUUUUUUAAUAACCUGAUAUAGUUGAGCCUGUGAACAUAGAUCUCUUUUGCUUUACAGAGAGGCUAUGCCAAACCCUUUACAGAUAAGCUUCCAGGUAUAAUAAUCAGAUCAUUUCAGAAUUCCUCAUCUAAAUACCGUUGCUCCUUGGCAACCUGCCAAGUGAAAGUGAAUAUCCUGCCAGAGAUUUUGCUUGUUUGUUUUCAAAUUUCUUUUUUUUAUUUUUGCAUAAAUAAGGGAAAUGAUUGUUCCAAUGUACCACGGAGUUGACAUAUUAAGUCUUAAACAAGAGGAGCCAAUGAAUGUUAUUUAUAUUUGGGGAAGUCUUAGAUGGAGACACCUUUGCUCAGAAAGCUAGCUGUUUGUUCUGUUCUUAUUUAUUAGUAGUAGCAAUAGUAGUAUUAGUAUGGUUAUAUUUGUUUAAUUAGAUCAUGUCUUAUGUUCCAAUUCAUUAUGGAACCGAUGGAAGUGAGAUGUAAGGUAAGUAUUUUCAAAUAGCCAAAUUAAUUCUGGCAUAGAGGAACAGACCCAUGGGACCUGGCCGUGGUGGAGCUGCUCAGGCAGGGCCACCUGAUGACAGCAGAGACUCCCAGAGAGAUAAGAAUGAGUCCUGGGAUUUCCCAUAAAACCUCAGUUCAAGGGACCUAGGGGGGAACCCUAUCUAUUUGAAAGAAACUAUCCAAAUUAUCAAUAUAUAAAGUAUUUUCACUGUUCCAGAGUACUUGGAGUCAUGGCAACUAAAGUAACCAACUACUGACGUUUGAAGUUUUGCUCCAAUGAGGGAAAAAUGACACAAAAUUAAUAUAAGCAGAAGCCUAAUGGCAUCCUUAUUAUUAGAAUAUUUUUUUUUCUUUGUAUUUAAAAGGAUACUUGCUAAGUGGUUGAAAUCAUCUGCGUCUUCGUAUACAGACAAAAUACUCCUACAGACCUGGUCAUGCAACUCGCUUAACUUUUCAAAGAGUUUUUCUUCUUCAAGUAAGAGGUAAGCUUCUGGCCAGCACCAGCGCCAGUGGCCACGAAUGCCAUGGGAGUGAAACCCAAAUUAAUGAGUUUUCUUUAUAUAUCAACUCCGCAGCCCAGUGCACUAACAAAUACCAUCAUAAAACAAUCUGCUAAGUAGAGAGGACCACAGUGAUCUCUUUUGCUGAUAAAAAUAGUAAUAAAACUCUAAUCUGCAAUUGCUUGAGCACAAAGACCAAUA